UGGAUUUCAAGGUGACCUUAGAGAGGAGCAACAAGAGUGUAGAUAUCUGGAUACCAGAAGGAAAUAGUGAAGAUGUUUGGAAUGGAGCACAAGUGUUUCUUGGCCGAAUACCUAAAACAUUUAAGCUUAAUUUUGUGGCUGAUCGGGAUAGAUACGUACCUUCAACCGUGGCAGUGGAUGAUAUAACACUAUCUCAAUGUGAAACACUAACAACUGGAGGACCUGGAAUGUGCACAUCAGACCAAUUUGAUUGCAAAAACUCAAGAUGCAUUUCGAAGAACAAAAUUUGUGACUACACAGAUGACUGUGGAAAUUUUGAAGACGAAAGACAAGAAAUGUGCG